AUGCCAACAUCUCAAUCAACAUUGGAAUCAGUUGAAGAGAAAAAACCUGGAGAUAGUAUGCCUUCAUCGGUUAGUAAGUCGAUAUUACAAUCGUUGAGAGAGCAAGAAAAAAUAGCUUUACAAUCUAUUAAUAAAUUAACUGAAGAUGAAAUGAUUCAGAUAGAUCAAUGGUUAUCUAUUUUAUAUAAUAUAUAUGAAAAUUUGGAAUAUCCAUCAUCACUUCGCGUAUUUCAAGCAACCACAUAUUUUAAUGAUGAACAACGAUUAUGGUAUGAACAGUCGAAAACUGAAAUUAAUAAUGACUGGUUAUGCUUUUGUGAUCGAUUAAAACGGCAUAUUCAGGAUUGUCAGAAAGCUCAAACGAACUCUUCAUCAAUGAAUCAUCCAUUAUCUGAUAUUAAUGAAAUAACUACGAUGGAAAAUCUUAUUGAUACACAAUUUAUUAAAUAUUCGGGUAAAGGUGAUGCCAAGACUUGGUUAUUACAAACAAUGAAUCAAUUCAAGCAAUAUGGAUUACGUCCUCUCGAACAAGUUCACGACAUAGCCCAAGUUCAAGCUAUACCAUUUUUAUUAAUUGAUGAAGCUUAUUUGUGGUACGUAGAACAUAUUGAUUUAAUCACCAGUUUUGAAUUAUUUAGUAAAUUAUUUCUUCAACAAUACUCAUUUACAUCAUCAAUACAACAAAAUAAUAUUCCGGUAGAGACGGCUGAACCGUCAAUUACUGCUCCAAGUUUUUUACCUAUAUCAUAUUUACAACAAACGAUUGCCGAUGAAAUUAUUAAAAAACCAACAUAUAUUCGUGGCUCAAAAGAUGAUGUUCAUGAUUGGUUAGAAAAAUUAGAACAACGUUUUAAAAUGGCAAAAUGGAAUGAUGAGGAAAAAUUACAAUAUAUUUCAAUACAUUUACAAGAUGAUGCAUAUCGAUGGUGGACACAAAUAUCUACGAUGAUUAAAUCAUGGUCAUUAUUUACUGAAGCUGUUACAAAGGCUUUUGGAUCAACGAAGGUACAAGAAUUAGCUUUUGAACAAUUAAAAUGGUACAAACAAACGGUUAAUCAAUCUAUUACACAAUAUUAUGAUAAAAUUAUUGAAUUAUGUAAGAAAGUUGAUCCAGCUAUGCCUGAUUCAUUAAAAUUAAAAUAUUUAAUUGCUGGUGUAAAAGAAUCAUUAAAGUUACAUAUUGCUUUAUAUAAUCCACAAACGAUUGAAACAUUUUUAUCAUAUGCAAGAAAAGUAGAAGAUACAUUAUCUUUUACUAAAACUAAUUAUAUAAUACAUCAAUAUAAUGAAUCACAAGAUGUUCAUACAUUUCAGCAAUCAUUAUCACCAAUCGCUACUCCUGAAGGACAACAUGAACACAAUGAAUACAAAAAUGUUUAA